GUUACCGCGCGCAAACCCGGAUACCCCUAUAUGCUUCACCCCGUAGCCACCCACCCAAAGCCUGAUCCAAGCCGGUGCAGGAUCCUCACCAGGCCGAGCUGCGCCCAGCGGGCGCCUGGGUGCCCGCGUUAGUGCAGGUGUCCAUUCGCGUUUGUUGGACGCCUGGCAGGGGAGACCCCACGUAAACUCAUCCCCUGUAUGACCAUUCAUUCAACCAAGAAAAAAUCCGUUGACAGCCUGUUUUAUGUCAAGUACCAUGCUGGUCUCUGGGGAGACAGCCCUGAUGUAGACAAUCCUGUCUUUGUGCUCUUGGAGAUUCUGUUUCGCUGGGAAUGAUAGACGAAAAUCAACUGGUAUAAUAAACAAAAUGAUUUCGGGUUGUGAUAAUUCCUGUGAAGGAAUUAUGGUAUGGAGGACAACUGAGGCGCCUAACUUGAAAAAGGGUCAUAAGGGAAAUUCCCUGGCAGUCUAGUGGUUAGGACUCAGCGCUCUCACUACCGAGGGCCGGGUUCAAUCCCUGGUCCGGGAACUAGGAUCCCACAAGCCACGAAGUGCGGCAAAAGGAAAAAAUAAAAUAAAAUAAAAUAAAAUAAAGGGGGUCAUAAGCAUUGGGUGGGGGCGCUGAGAAUGGGAGGAAUCACGAUCUGGCAGGAACAUUGGUUGCUGAAAUGAGACCUGGCCUGGAACUUGUCAGUCUACAAGUUUGAGAUUUUUUGGUUUUUAAGCCCCAGGUAUUGUUCUAAGCCUUGGUAAUCCGAUGGCGGUAAAAUAGCUACAGUUCAUGCCCUCAUCGAGGUUUUGUUCUAGUGGGGAAGGCAGAGCUAAAAAUAAAAUGUCAGAUAGUGAUAAAUACCAUAUAGGAGAUUAAUAUAAGACCAUCUCAUAAUGGCUACUUCAGAGCAGUUGGUCAAGGAAGGCCUUUUCAAGGAGGUGAAUUUUACCUGAAAUUUAAAUAACAAGAAAGCUAGCCAUGCAAAUAGCAGGGUGAGAAAAAUGCCUUUCGGAACUGAGCUUGGCAAGUUAGAAAACAGUAAUAGAAAAGAAGCCAGUGUGAUUGGUGCACUGUAGGCGAGAAGGAGAGUGGUGUGAGAUAGGGUUGGAGAGGUAGGCAAUGGCCAGACAACAUAAAGCAGGGUACUGAGUUGGAAUGUUAUACCGUGUGUGAUGAGAAGCCAUGAUCUCAUUUAUGCUAACUUGUGGCGAGUGGAUUGUGGUUGGGGCAGCAGUAGGAUCAGGGGUCCUGGUCAGGAGGGCUACUGGUGCAUUAGUCCAAGUGAGUCCUGGUACUGACUUGAACUGGAGUGACGGUAGCAGAGAGGAAAGGACGUGGACAGAUUUGGGAUAUGUUUGGAAAUGGAUUCGCUGGCAGAUUGGGUAUAGAGAGGGCUCAGGGAAAGAAAAAUUAAGAUCGACUCCUGUGUUUUUGACUUGAGCAACAGAUUGGAUGAUGGUGGUGUUAACCGAGAUGGGGAAAAAUGGGGGGAAACCACAGGUCUGGAGAAACGAUAAAUCAAAAUUUCUGUUUUGGCCAGAACAGGCUAUCUGUGUUUAUGAGAUAUCUAUAUGGCAGUGUCACCUAAGCAUUUGAAUGUACUAGUUUGGAGUUUCAGGGAGAGUCAGAGUUGGAUAAAGUUAUGGAAUCUGUUGGCAGAUAGUAACUCGAAUCAUGUGAAAUGGCCAUUUUGAGUCAAAAAUGGUUGAAUGCUGGCAGUUUCAUUGGUUCAGUCUCAUAGAUUGUAUUUAAAGCCACAGGUCCGGAUGAAGUCUCUUAGGAAGAACAUUUAGAGGGAAGAGAAGAAAGGGCACAGUCUUGGGCACCCACCAUUUAGAGGUGGAGCAGAAGAGUCGGAGCCAGCACAGGUGACCGAGAAGGAGCAACCAGAAGGGAGAGGAAUAUCAGGAGAGUGGUGUCGAGAAGCCAAGAGAGGAGGGUGUUUCAGGAAGUAGAGAAUGAAUAAAUCAAAUGCUGCUGAGAGGUCGAAUAAGCAAAGGACACCUACAGAGAUGUCCUCAGUCCUUCACUUCUAUGUCCGUCCCUCUGGCCACGAGAGGGCAGCCUCUGAAUAUACUCAAAGGAAGCUGCAAGGGGAACUGCCAGAGCUGCAGGGUGUCAAGACCGAGCUGUGCUACAAUGUGAACUGGACAGCUGAGUCCUCCCCGAGCGCCGAGGAGAUGAAGAAGCUGACGUGGCUGUUUGGCUGCCCCUUGUUACUGGACGAUGUCGCUCAGGAGUCCUGGCUCCUUCCCGGCCCCACUGACCUGCUGCUGGAGGUCGGGCCCAGGCUGAACUUCUCCACGCCAACAUCCAGCAACAUCGUGUCAGUGUGCCAGGCUGCGGGGCUGGGGGCCGUGGACCGCGUGGAGCCGACCCGGCGCUACCUGCUCUCGUUUGCCCACCCGCCUUCGGCUGAGCUGGAAGCCAUCGCCCUGGCUACCCUGCAUGACCGGAUGACGGAGCAGCACUUCCCCUGUCCCAUCCAGAGCUUCUCCCUGGGGUGCACCCCAGCACCCCUUGGCGGCCCAAUUGACAUACUGGCCGAGGGCCGGUCUGCCCUGGAGAAAGCCAACCAGGAGCUAGGUCUGGCCCUAGACUCCUGGGACCUGGAUUUCUACACCAAACGCUUCCAGGAGCUGCAGCGGAACCCCAGCACUGUGGAGGCCUUCGACUUGGCUCAGUCCAAUAGUGAGCACAGCCGACACUGGUUCUUCAAGGGCCGACUCCACGUGGAUGGGCAGGAGCUGGCACACUCGCUGUUUGAGUCCAUCAUGAGCACCCAGGCAUCCUCGCACCCCAACAACGUCCUCAAGUUCUGUGACAACAGCAGUGCAAUCCAGGGGAAAGAAGUCCAAUUCCUGCGUCCCGAGGACCCCUCACGGCCAAGCUGCUUCCGGCAACGUCAGGGGCUGAGACAUGUCGUCUUCACGGCAGAGACCCACAACUUCCCCACAGGAGUAGCCCCCUUCAGCGGUGCGACCACUGGCACGGGGGGCCGGAUCCGAGAUGUCCAGUGCACAGGCCGCGGGGCCCACGUGGUGGCAGGCACUGCUGGCUAUUGCUUUGGAAACCUGCACAUCCCAGGUUACAGUAUGCCCUGGGAGGAUCCAAGCUUCCAGUAUCCUGGGAACUUUGCCCGACCCCUGGAGAUUGCCAUCGAGGCCAGUAAUGGGGCUUCUGACUACGGCAACAAGUUUGGAGAACCGGUUCUGGCUGGCUUUGCCCGUUCCUUGGGCCUCCAGCUCCCAGAUGGCCAGCGGCGCGAGUGGAUCAAGCCCAUCAUGUUUAGUGGAGGCAUUGGGUGCAUGGAAGCUGAGCAUGUGAGCAAGGAGCCCCCAGAGCCAGGCAUGGAUGUUGUGAAGGUUGGGGGUCCUGUCUACAGGAUUGGAGUCGGGGGCGGAGCUGCUUCGUCCGUGCAGGUGCAGGGAGACAACGCCAGCGACCUGGACUUCGGGGCUGUGCAGCGGGGAGACCCGGAGAUGGAACAGAAGAUGAACCGUGUGAUCCGGGCUUGCGUGGAGGCCCCCGGAGGAAACCCCAUCUGCAGCCUUCAUGACCAGGGUGCCGGUGGCAAUGGCAACGUCCUGAAGGAGCUGAGUGACCCAGCUGGAGCCGUCAUUUAUACCAGCCGCUUCCAGCUCGGGGACCCGACCCUGAACGCCCUGGAAAUCUGGGGGGCUGAGUACCAGGAGUCAAAUGCACUUCUGCUGAGGCCCCCCGACCGGGACUUCCUGAGUCGUGUCAGUGCCCGGGAACGCUGCCCAGUUUGCUUUGUGGGCACCAUCACGGGAGACGGGAGGAUAGUGCUGGUGGACGAUCGGGAGUGUCCUAUGGGAAGAGAUGGCCAGGGGGAUGCCCCCCCAACACCUCCCCCGACACCUGUGGACCUGGAUCUGGACUGGGUGCUGGGCAAGAUGCCCCGGAAGGAGUUCUUCCUCCAGAGGAGUCUCCCCGUGCUGCGGCCCCUGGCCUUGCCCCCAGGGCUGAGCGUGCGCCAGGCCCUGGCAUGGGUCCUCAGGCUGCCUGCGGUGGCCAGCAAGCGCUACCUCACCAGCAAGGUGGACCGCUCCGUGGGCGGCCUGGUGGCACAGCAGCAGUGUGUGGGACCCCUGCAGACCCCUCUGGCAGAUGUGGCGGUGGUGGCACUGAGUCACCAGGAGCUCGUAGGGGCUGCCACAGCCCUGGGAGAGCAGCCCGUCAAGAGCCUGCUAGACCCCAAGGUUGCUGCCCGGCUGGCUGUGGCUGAAGCCCUCACGAACCUGGUGUUUGCUCUGGUCACCGACCUCCGGGACGUGAAAUGCAGCGGGAACUGGAUGUGGGCGGCCAAGCUCCCGGGGGAGGGUGCGGCUCUGGCCGACGCCUGUGGGGCUGUGGCAGCCGUGAUGGCGGCCCUGGGUGUGGCAGUGGAUGGUGGCAAGGACUCCCUCAGCAUGGCUGCCCGGGUUGGCGCUGAGACCGUGCGGGCUCCUGGGUCGCUGGUCAUCUCAGCCUAUGCUGUCUGUCCAGACAUUACAGCCACUGUGACCCCAGACCUCAAGUGUCCCGGAGGGAGAGGCCACCUGCUCUACGUGCCUCUGAGUCCUGGGCGCCAUCGGCUCGGGGGCACAGCUCUGGCCCAGUGCUUCUCCCAGCUCGGCGAGCAGCCUCCCGAUCUGGACCUUCCCGAGAACUUGGUGCGAGCCUUCGGCAUCACCCAGGGGCUGCUGAAAGACCGCCUCCUCUGCUCAGGCCACGAUGUCAGUGACGGAGGUCUCAUCACCUGCCUGCUAGAGAUGGCCUUUGCUGGGAAUUGUGGGAUAGAGGUGGCCGUCCCUGCCCCUGGGGUCAAUGCGCUGCCUGUACUGUUCGCUGAGGAGCCAGGCUUGGUGCUGGAGGUGCAAGAGCCAGACCUGGCCCAAGUACUGACACGUUACCGGGAGGCUGGCCUCCACUGCCUGGAGCUGGGCCGCACGGGCAGCGCCGGGCCCCAUGCCACGGUCCGGGUAUCAGUGAACGGGGCUGUCGUUCUGGAGGAGCCCGUUGGGCAGCUACGAGCCCUCUGGGAGGAGACCAGUUUCCAGCUGGAUCGGCUGCAGGCAGAGCCCCACUGUGUGGCCCAGGAAGAAGGAGGGCUGAGGGAGCGGACGGGGCCCACCUACUGCCUGCCCCCCACCUUCCCCACAGCUUCCGUGCCUCAUGAGCCUGGUGGCCCCGCCCCCCGCAUUGCCAUCUUUCGAGAAGAAGGCAGUAACGGAGACCGGGAGAUGGCCGAUGCCUUCCACUUGGCUGGGUUUGAGGUGUGGGACGUGACCAUGCAGGACCUCUGCUCUGGAGCAGUCAGGCUGGACACGUUCCAAGGCAUGGCCUUCGUGGGCGGCUUCAGCUACGCAGACGUCCUGGGCUCUGCCAAAGGGUGGGCAGCCGCUGUGACCUUUAACCCCCAGGCCGGGGCUGAGCUGAGGCGCUUCCGGCAACGGCCAGACACCUUCAGCCUGGGCGUGUGUAACGGCUGCCAGCUGCUGGCCCUGCUGGGCUGGGUGGGAGGCAGUCCUGGUGACGAGGCGGCAGAGAUGGGCCACGAGUCCUGGCCGGCCCGGCCUGGCCUCCUGCUGCGCCACAACCAGUCUGGGCGUUUCGAGUCGCGCUGGGCCAGCGUGCGAGUGGGGCCCGGGCCGGCCCUGAUGCUGCGAGGGAUGGAGGGUGCCGUGCUGCCCGUGUGGAGCGCCCAUGGGGAAGGUUACAUGGCAUUUUCUUCCCCGGAACUCCAAGCCCAGAUUGAGGCCAGGGGCUUGGCUCCGCUGCACUGGGCAGACGAUGACGGCAACCCCACGGAACAGUACCCCCUGAAUCCCAACGGGUCCCCAGGGGGCAUGGCUGGCAUCUGCUCCCCCGAUGGCCGCCACCUGGCUCUCAUGCCUCACCCUGAGCGGUCUGUGAGGCCUUGGCAGUGGGCGUGGCGACCUCCUCCGUUUGACACUAUGACCACCUCCCCCUGGCUCCAGCUCUUCAUCAAUGCCCGAAACUGGACCCGGAAAGGAGGCUGCUGAGCAGGCCGGGGAGACUCCCCUGGGCCCCGGGGUUUUCACCCACGGUGUCUUUAGAAGUACCUCAUAUUAUUUCUGUGUGUCUUGGACAGACAAGGACCAAAAUGCCCAAAAAAACCUUGGCUAAUUUUAUGAAUCUGUCUAUGCCUUACGCUGUUGGAUCUGUUUUCAGUUCUGUUCUAACACGUUUUGUCCUUUGUGGGCCUGGGAAGCAACAUGCGGUUCAGAGAAACUUCCUGCGGUGGGAAGUUAGGAUGCAUGGGGGGAGGGGGUUCCAUUGCCCCGCUUCGCUGCACCACAUCACUUAUGUCACUCAUCUGAGCUCGGAGGGAUGUCCUAUGCCCCCCUUCCUCGUCGGGGUUUAAGGGGAUGGGGGAGGACAAAAGCAAGCAACUCAGGACCUCAGCGUGCUCAUCUGGAAAACAGCAGAAGCUUUCUGGAUUCUUCUUUCUAUUUUUAUUUUAUUUUUUAAACUUUAGAUAGAGAAUUUUAAUUAAAUUGGCAUCGUUAAGACCAAAAAGAUAAAAUGGACAUUGUCAGUGUAUCUUCAGCCCUUGCUUCAACAGGCAAAUGAACACAGCUUGAAACACACGUGAAUUUUGCUUGUCUGUGAGACAGUGAAGGGAGCUUCUCAGUACUUAAAUAUAUUAAUAUAACCAGUUAUAGAAAUCUAAAUCUAAAACCAAUCUCCUAUAGGGUUUGAGAAGGCAUUCACCAUAUCCCUGAAAAGUUUAACAUUCCUUAUUCAAGUUUAAUCAUCUCUUUAGAAGGGGAAAACAGUGAUAGUACUUGUUGAACCAGAAUUACUAUCAAAAUUCAAAAAGCUGACCAUAUUCAUUUAGCCACAAGCCAAUCUUAUUCAAAUCAGGACAGAAAGACUACAUCAUCCGUUCAUGAUCUGAAGUCUGCUAUAUGAGAUCAAUUUAAAUGUGGUACACAUAAAAAGUCAUGAGACAUUUGUUUCAUAAUAAAUAAGGCAAUGGCCAACUAUUA